AUGAAGCAACCCACAGACGUGGCUGGAGUCAGAAGAAUCCUCGGAACAGUUAAUUAUCUUGCCAAGUUCCUUCCCCACCUCUCACAAGUAUCUGAACCACUACGACAACUCACAAAAAAGAAUCAGCCUUUCGAUUGGGACAAAUCGCAUGACGCCGCUUUCACCCAAAUAAAGAAAUUGAUCACAGAGCCGCCAGUCCUCAAGUACUACGAGUCGACCAAACCCCUGAUAAUACAGUGUGACGCUAGCGACCACGGCCUGGGGGCCGCACUCAUUCAAGAGGGAAAGCCUGUCGCAUUUGCCAGCCGAGCAUUGACGCACGCGGAGAAACAAUACGCUCAGAUAGAAAAGGAACUGUUAGCUAUAGUUUAUGGAACCGAGCGUUUUCACCAGUAUACAUAUGGCCGACCAGUCACAGUAGAAUCAGACCACAAGCCGCUCGAAGUCAUUCAUCAGAAACCUCUGUCAGCAGCACCUAGACGUCUUCAAAAGAUGAUGAUGAGAUUACACCAAUAUGACUUAACCAUCGUUUAUAAGAAAGGGUCAGAGAUGCUGCUAGCUGACACACUCAGUCGUCACCAUUUAGACAACUCCACCGACGAAGCACGCAGCGUCGACAGCGAUCUCGACCAAGUAGACAGUUUGGAAGAAAUAAACGAAAUACUAAAUUGUGAAACAACAACCAUAUUCCAAGACCACACAACGAAAGAUCAAGACCUACAGCAAGUCAAAUCAUUCAUCCAGUCAGGAUGGCCCGAGAGCUCCAAAGAUCUAUCUCCAGCAAUCACCCCGUACUUCCAUCUACGAGACGAACUAACAACACACGAGGGCCUCGUGUUUAGGGGAGACCGCGUCGUUAUCCCAAAAUCACUACGAAAGCAAGUACUGAAUGAAUUGCAUGCAGCACACCAAGGGAUCGCAUCGACAAGUCGGCGAGCCAGAGAAACCGUCUACUGGCCACACCUGAACCAAGAAUUGAAAGACCACAUCUCACAUUGCAUCACCUGGGACACAUUCAAUUCCAAGCAGCCGAAAGAACCUCUCAUCCCGCAUGAAAUACCAAAGAGAGCAUGGGCAAAAAUCGGUUGUGAUAUCUUUGAAUUUGAAAAGAAAUCGUAUUUAGUAACAGUGGACUACUACUCGAACUUCUUCGAAGUUGACCGCCUUGAAAAAUUGACAUCACUGGCAGUCAUAAAGAAACUAAAGCCCCAUUUCGCCAGGUUCGGUAUUCCAAAUACACUCGUGACAGACAACGGCCCACAAUUCAUCAGUGAUGACUUUCGAGACUUCUCUAUGAAGUACCAAUUUGAGCAUAUAACGACCAGUCCCUAUCACCACCAAUCCAACGGCAAAGCCGAAUCUGCCGUCAAGCAAGCCAAACGAAUAAUUCGAACAUGCAAAUCAUCAAACGAUGACAUUUACCUUGCCCUCCUUGCCCACCGAAACACCCCCCAAACAACUCAUGAAACAAGUCCCGCACAGCGACUGUUUAACCGCCGUACAAAGACUCUCUUGCCCGUCUCGGAGAAGUUGCUCCAACCGAAGAUAAAUCCGCAAGCAAACAAACGCAUCCAACAAAGACAACAGCUCCAAAAGAAAUACCACGAUCGUGGCGCAAAAGAGCUCAGCCCGUUGCGGAAAGGAGAAGUGGUGAGACUACAGCCAACCCGAAUCGGCGAAAAGAAAUGGAAGAGAGGGAUAGUCGUACGCAAAGCCGGGAUAAGAUCAUAUGAAGUCCAAUGCAAAGGGUAUACCUAUACUAGAAACAGAAAAUUCAUCCAACGAUCAAGGUUACCUGCAGAAUUCGGUAGUGACAACGCAGAUGAAGAGAUGUCAGACAUGUCCGAAGCGGAAGAGACAUUUCUGUACCUACUGACAAUGAUCUGCCCCAAGAAAACCCUCAACCAGCACACUUAG